GCAGUAUACCCGCUUCAAACCAUCGUACUUGUCUUCUAUUUCUUGUGUUUAUCAACAAUGUUUCUCAUACGGCCCAUUGUUAGCGCCAUUACAGAUGUACGUGGAAAAGCGCCCAUUUAUGCGGCCCUUUAUUUCCUGCCGCUUUUGACAUCGAUACACGCGCUUGCUUGCGGGCUUAUUUAUUGGUUUUUCCCAUAUUUGAGUAUUGGGAUCUCUAUGAUAACAAAUGCGAUACAUUAUUCGGUCAAGUUAGACCAGUCCUUUAAGGCCUUGAUACGCUCGUCGUUACUAGAAGUAAAAAAUUUUGUUAUCAUUUCUGUACAUUGGCUUUUGCUGGCCUAUGGAAUCAUCGCUUUGGGCCAUCACUAUGCGUUUUUGUGCCUCAUACCAUUCCCUUCGAUUUUUUAUAUUCUCACUGUGCGGUUUACGGAUCCAGCUGAGUUCCGUGAGGUGGAAGUGCGACAAAAUUAGUUUAUAUUUAGCAAUAUUUCUUUUAAUAUUUGUCCAAGUUAUGUGGCAAUUUAUACAUUUAUGUAUUUAAAAGUUAAAUGUUAAAUAGUUUGUAUAAAAAUAGCGUAAAGUAUUUCAAAGUUUCUCAA